UCUCUCUCUCUCAUCAUCAUCGCCCCCCCUCCCUAAUCCCCUCCAGAUUCAAGAAGCAGAACGGCUCCGGCGAUGAUGUCUUCGCCCGCCUCUUCGCCGCCUCCUUGGAUCCCCCAGGUUGGGGUGGAGGAGGGGGCGGCGGGUGGGGGACUGGCUGUGGCGGAGGAGGAGGAGGAGGGGAAGGUGGAGCCGAGCGAGAUCGGAGAACUGAAGCGGAAGCUGAUGGAUUUGCUGUACGGGACGGACCGGGGCCUGAACGCGUCGAGCGAGACGCGGGCUGAGAUUUUGGAGCUCAUCACCCAGCUGGAAUCCAAGAACCCUACUCCCGCCCCCAUCGAGGCCCUCACCCUCCUUAACGGCAAAUGGAUUCUUGCAUAUACUUCGUUCUCGCCGCUGUUCCCACUGUUGGGGUCGGGGAGGCUGCCGGAGGUGGUGAAGGUGGAGGAGAUAUUGCAAACGAUCGACUCUGAGAAUUUUACGGUGCAGAAUUCAGUGCAGUUUGCAGGGCCGCUCGCCACCACCUGUGUCACCACCAACGCCAAGUUCGAAGUCCGAAGCCCCAAGCGCGUGCAGAUAAAAUUUGAGGAAGGCAUUAUAGGCACUCCACAGAUUACAGACUCCAUUGUUAUACCCGAGAAGGUAGAGUUCCUGGGGCAGAAUAUUGACCUCUCUCCUUUCAAGGGUGUGAUCACUUCAGUCCAGGAUGCAGCAUCAUCGGUUGCUAGGACAAUCUCCGAACGACCGCCAUGGAAGAUCCCAAUCAGCAACAACAACACACAGUCCUGGUUGCUGACAACAUAA